GAUAUUAACCCUCUUUCCGAUAUUAACCCUCAAUCCUUAUACUCUGUCUCACUCUCUAAAAUAUGUUUUUAAGAAAAAUACAGUCAACGUAGUAGCUUCAUCAUUCGCUCAUUGCAGGAAUUGAAAACACACUUAGUAUGAAUAGAAACCAGAACGAUGCAUCAUCAACUCAGACAAAGAGGGUCAAGACCUCUGACAAUGGUGGUGUGUCACCCUGGUCAAAACUUCACCAGGAUGUGCUUUUUUUUAAUUAUGAUGCAACUGCGAGUUUUUUAUUUUUGUUCAUUUAGCAAAGUCUGCAAGACAUGGAGGUCAUUCGCACUAUCUAACACGAACAUUUUUAUGGAGUCCAGACCACCCUUGUUGAUAGUUAUCUCUCUUGAAGAUGACAAAAAAGAUGGUGACAAAGAGAAAAAUUACUGCUGCAUGCGGGAUUUUGAAAAAAGAAACUAUGAAACCAACAUUCCCCUUCCUUCUUGUGUUAAUGAUUUUGGAUUAACUUGUGGUUACUUGAUGUUGUUCAAGAAUGCAUGCCACGACUUCUGGCUUGUGAAUCCCAUCACACGACAUCAACUUCAUUUCCCUGCAUGUCGUUUAUAUGGCGAUGAUCAUCCAGACAAAGGUAUUCUUGUCUUUUCACCUUCAAUAUCUAGGUGGGUGUUCCUUAUUUUAUUUGGUUCCACCAGUAAAAUAUCCUUUUACAUAGAAGGUAAACGGGGAUGGAAUCAUGUCUCCUCGACUCUCCCCAUCUUUGAUUUACAUGCAUUCAAUGGGAAGAUAUAUACACUACACACCGGUUGUUGUUUAUUUGAAUUACGACUCCUUCCCAACCCCAAAUUUACGUUCCUCAUAACCAAGAAUUUUCCAGAGCCAGAUAUGAAAACUCCAGAAUUUGUAAAUUCAGUUGAAAAUCUUUGUAUCAUUGAUCGCUCUUCGGAAGCUUUGAACAAGGAGGUUGUGAAACUAGAUUUUGGUGAAAUGAAAUGGGUGAACAAUACGAGAAUAUGCGUUUUUUGUUAGCAAUUAUUGUGAUUCUGCAGUUGCUGCUAUUAAACCGGAGUUGUGGUAGUCGUGGGCUGAUCCUGAGACACUAUGCAAGAUCAAUAAAUAUCUUUGUUACAAAUUCAGUAAAUCUGGUGAAACUCGACCUGGCAGGUUUUGUUAUGCAAAAAGGUGGUACUUCCCUCAUGUUUGUUUGAAAGUUAAUCUCUUAAAUGAUUGAUGAGAUCUUAGCUAUUUUGUUUAUGCUUUUAUGAUGGAUUGUAGAAUUCCCAUAUGUAGAAUAUUUUCAAGAUGUUAAGAACCACCAUUGUAUUUGUGGUGUGGAUUUGGAUUUGGAUUUCUCAACUUAUUAUUUAAA